AUGUUGAUCAAGUCAGUUCCUCCCCCUCUGCCCUCCAUCUACGCGUGUCUCGUCCGCAACUUCAGGUACGAACGCUCACCGGAAAAGAAAUCGAGCUCGACAUCGAGUCAGACUACAAAGUACGACAUCAUCCACCCAUCGAAAGUUACCAGUGUUAAUAAGCUACAGGUCUCGAGAAUAAAAGAGCGCGUCGAAGAGAAAGAGGGCAUCCCACCGGUGCAGCAACGUUUGAUUUUCGGCGGAAAACAGAUGGCCGACGACAAGACAGCCGCCGAAUACAAUCUUGAAGGAGGCGCAACGCUACAUUUGGUUUUGGCUUUGCGUGGUGGAUUCUCGUCGCAAUAG